GCACGCGCACAGAGGCGCCAUGGGUUGCGGGCGCUGGCAGCGCGUGGCCGAGAUGCUCCUAUGCGUGCGGGGCCCGGAGGAUGCGGCCACCAUCCGCUGCCUCUGCUCCAGGGCCUUCGUGGAAGAUCGCAAACUCUACAACCUGGGCUUGAAAGGCUACUACGUCAGAGGCAACAAUGAAGGAGACCCGGCCAGCGCGGGGGAGGAAGACGCCCCUCCCCGUGGCAGCAGGGACGUGCGCCGGCAGCUGGACCCCGCGGAGAGCGAGCUGGACUCGGAGGCCGAGCUCAUGCAGAGCCUGGGGCUGCCCCUUCAGUUCGGCGGGGGCGCUGCGCAGAGGAAUGCGGAGGUGGCUCUGAAUGCGCGAAAUAAAGUCAAAAGAAAAAAGAAAAAGAAAAAACAUUCAAAGAAAUUCUUGGAUGAAAUUAGGAGGGAAUCUUGGAGACAAGACUCUGAAGAUGACUUUUCGGCCUCUGAUGACCCCACUGUGGAAGACGAGCAGGAGCCGCCGGGGCCCAAUGUCCCGCAGACUGACCUGCACACCAACCCGCACGCGGCACCUGACACGGCACCCGACACGGUACCCAACACAGUACUCGACACGGUACCUGACACGGUACCCGACACAGUACUCGACACGGCACCUGACACGGUACCCGACACAGUACUCGACACGGCACCUGACACGGCGCCUGACACAGUACUCGACACGGAACCUGACACGGCACCCGACACAGCACCCAACACGGCACCCGAAACAGCACCCGACGGGGCCCCCGAGGCUCCUCCCGAAGGCGCUGGUGACGCAGUGGCCCCGCGGCUGGAGGUGACGGCGCGCUGGGAGCGGUACUGGCGCGAGCACGGCCCGGAGCUGCUGUGGCAGGGCUGGCAGGAGGCGCACCCGGGCCGGGACUGCGCCGAGCCCUGGGCCGAGCCCGACAUGCGUGCCGACUGGGAGCAGCUCUACGGGCAGCUGUACUGGCACUACCUGCAGCAGUUCCAGUACUGGGAGGCCCAGGGCUGGACCUACGACGCCGCGGAGGAGGAGGAGCCAGGCAGCGAGCCCAGCGCAGGGACCGCCCAGAGUGAGGGCGCCCCUGCCCGCCCCGCAGCCCACACGGAAGUGCUGGACGGCAUCGGCCGCCUGAGCCUGGAUCCGCAGGCCACAGAGCAGCACCCGGGAGGGGCCUCUGGGAGUGGUGGACCGAGGGAAGGCCACGGCCCAAGGGAGUGCCCGGCUUCUGGCCACCGCGAGCCUUGCAAUGGAGCAGCCCCCAAAGGCGGCCCGUCGGGCAGCGGGAGCGCUGGCCCGCCUUCCCCAGGUUCCCAGGACGCCUCCGGAGCGAACACAGUCAGAGAAGGGUCCCGCCGCAGCGGGAGUGAUGGAGGUGACAGUGAGGACGACCCACCUGAGCAGAAGCCGAGCAAACUCAAGAGGAGCCAUGAACUGGACGUGGAGGAGAGCCCAGAUUCAGACCUCGAUGAUGAUGGUUCGCUCCUGGGAUUCAUGCACGGUUCCGGACAAAAGUACGGUGGAAUUUCAAAUUUCAGCCGUCGGAAGGUCCGAUACCUACAGAAGAACGUGAAGUACAAGUCAAAGUUCUUGGACAUGCGGAGACAAAUCAACAUGAAAAACACACACAUCUUCUUUGCCGAAGAGUCCGAAAGAGCGGGUUUGAGGAAAAGCAAGACUGUGAGUAAGGUGGAGAAAUUCCUCAAACGGGUCAGCGAGCCCCCGGACACAGAGCCGUCACCGGGGUCAGACUCUCGGGACAAUAUGCAGGACGCUGGCUCGAGCAGCGACUCCGAAGAGCAGAAAGCGACCGUCCCGGGGGGUGAGGGCCCGGUGGACACAAGCAGCCCGGAGACGCAGGAGAGCUGCACCCUCGCCCCAGCGGGCAGCCCUGGGGCAGAGAGCACUGGAGCAGGGAGCGGGGUGGCGGCUGGCACGGACGCUCCGGCUUGCAGUGCUCAGGACGCGCCAGACCCCCCGCAGGUGGGAGCAGAAGCUGAGACGAAGAAGAAAAAGAAGAAGAAAAGCAGAAACAAGAAGGCCAGAGGCAUGCCCGCCGAGGUCGCCAGUGUGCCCGAGCUGGCCAAGUACUGGGCCCAGCGCUACCGGCUCUUCUCGCGUUUCGAUGACGGGAUUAAACUGGACCGUGAGGGCUGGUUCUCGGUGACUCCUGAGAAGAUCGCAGAGCACAUCGCCGGCCGUGUCAGCGAGUCCUUCGAGUGUGACGUCGUCGUUGAUGCCUUCUGUGGAGUUGGGGGCAACACCAUCCAGUUCGCCCUGACGGGAAAGAAAGUGAUUGCUAUUGACAUUGACCCCGUGAAGAUCGACCUUGCUCGGAACAACGCGGAAGUGUACGGGGUAGCGGACAAGAUCGAGUUCAUCUGCGGAGACUUCCUGCUGCUGGCGCCUGGGCUGAAGGCUGACGUGGUGUUCCUCAGCCCCCCGUGGGGGGGGCCCGACUAUGCCACCGCGGAGAUCUUCGACAUCAGGACCAUGAUGUCCCCGGACGGCUUUGAAGUUUUUAGGCUUUCCCAGAAGAUCACCAAUAAUAUUGUUUAUUUUCUUCCAAGAAAUGCUGAUAUUGACCAGGUGGCCUCCUUGGCUGGGCUUGGAGGGCAAGUGGAGAUAGAGCAGAACUUCCUUAAUAAUAAGCUGAAGACCAUCACUGCUUAUUUCGGUGGCCUCAUCCGGAGACCAGCCUCUGAAGCAGCCGGGACGCAGACCCGGGGCGUGGAGUAGAGUACUUGCACCCGAGGAGACACUGGGGAUCGCUCUGGUCGCUGCCCUACACACUUGGUCCUAAGUCACCAGUGAAGAGACAGGGUUCCGACUGUCAGUGAAGUGCGAAUGUCAGUGAAGUGCGUCUGCUGCUCGGGAUUAACUGUCCGUAAGCCUAAAUUCUGAUGUGGAAGAGGCUCCGCCCUCCGCCCUCCGGUGCUUCGGGUCCUGUCUGCUAUGUCAGCCUUGAGCGCGGGUGCUAAGUCCUUCUGCUUUCCUGAUAGCGAGUCCAAGAACGCCAGGGCUGGGUCAGUCUGAUUCUCCGCCAUGCGGCCCCUACUGAAACAAUGGUCCUUACUUAAGAAACAUAAAACAUACAAAUUAGUGCUGGACUGGAGCUCGCCCGCUGCCUCCCUCUCCUUUGCACGACGGCCUCAGGUAUGAGAAGUUACGGUUUCUGGGAAGGACUGGCGGGAAGGACUGCGGUGGACCCUAAAGUCCUGUCCUCCACCAGUCGAGCCUUCCAGCCCUUUUCUUUAUUUCUAAGUGCAUGUUUACAGGCAUACAUUUUCAUUUCUUUGAUUUUGUUUGUUUGUUUGGGGCCUGCAGUGCCCAGGGGUCACUCCUGGCCAUCUCAGAUGACCACAUGGGGUGCCGGGGUUCAACCUGGGCCAGCCGUGUGCCAGGCGGCCUCCUACCCACCGUGCUAUGGCUCCGGCACCUACAUUUUCACUCGGGUCUCGGGAGCCCGUUUCCUGUCGGCGGCUGCAUGCGUGCACGUGCCCCUUGCCCCUGAAAGGCCAGCCCCGGGCACAUGCCCCUCGCCCCGCUUCCUUAGCAGGGAGCUGCUUUCAAGUAUUUUUGUCCCCUUGUUUGGUUUUGUGCUCCUCAGCUGCUGUUUAUUGGGACUGGCGCACGCGCCCCUCUCCUGAUCUGGGCCUCGUCCGGCAGUUUAAUUUUUGUCAUCUUGUGAGGAGAAACUGAAUCCUAUUUUUGUACGUAUUCCCCAAUUAUGAAUGAAAUUCGAGCACAUGUGCAAGCGUUUUACUCCUUUUAAAAUCGUUCUCUCUUUUAAAAAGUUACUCCUAAUCGUGACUCUUUGGAUUAUCUUUUUCUUAAUAAUACGUACAGACAUCCGUAAGUUAAAGACCCUUGGGGCCAGAGGAGUAGGACAGUGAGUAGGGCGCGUGCCUUGCCCACGGCCCACCCUGGUUCCAUCCCCAGAACCCCAUAAUCUCCAAGAGGAGUGAUUCCUGAGCACAGAGCCAGGAGUAAACCCUGAGCGUCCCCAGGUGUGCCCCAAAAACUCAAAACAAAAGAAACCUUCAUGUUAGCAGGAAGUACAACUAUAUCCAAUGUGUAAUUCAUCUUUAGAAUUACUUUGUGAUUUUUAGAUUUUUUUCGGCCAUAUGUAAGUUUUAAAUUUUUGUGUCAUUAGACCUAUCGGGUUUUUUUUUUCCCCUGUUGCUGGAUUACAUCCUUUCAAAAGGUCUGAUCUCCAUUUGUAGUUUGUGAAUACAUCUAUCCUUUUAUAAAGUUCAUGUUUUUUAAUUUUCAGUGUAAAAAGCAAUAUGUAUAUUUUGUAAUCUAGGCAUUUGUAAUCUUUCUAAUAAAAUGUCAGCUAAAGA